UUAGAAGUCUCAAAUUUUCCAUUAGCCCACUAGUUGAUGGGUUUGAUGAUCCAAUGAUCCAAGUUUUGCCGCUUUCGUUUAAAGACAUUUGAGGGUAAAACCAACUCAGGAUUUUUAGGGUUUAUCGCAAUUCUCAAAUGACGAACUGAUGUGAGAGUUGAACUGGAAUCGUCACUUAGUUAUAGUCAGAUCGAAAAUUCUUCAUCUUUUCGUCUUUGAUUUCGAGAUUUUGGGAAUUGACAAGUAAAAAGUUGAAAAAACAUAGCUUUUGGAGUUCUUUGUGCUUAUAAUUAUAUGGACAAGAUAAGUCAAUUGUCUGAUGAUUUAAUCAUCAAGAUACUGUCAUUAGUCGAAACAAAAGAUGCCGUGGCCAUGAGCAUGUUGUCUAAACGAUGGAAGUCCCUUUGGACAUUGGUGCCAAGACUUAUAUUUGAAGAUUACUCAGACGAGGACAAGGAUGCUGAAACUAAAGAGAGAUUUGUCACAUUUUGUUUAUGGGACUUUGCUAUAUCAUAAGGCACCUGUUCUUGAAACAUUUCAUCUCAACGUUGCUUCAGAUCGUCUUGCUUUGGAGGUUGAUUUAUGGAUUAGAAUUGCCGUGGAGCGUUUCGUGCGUGAUCUGAAGAUAAGUUUUAACUAUGAUCAUGGCCUUAUUAGAUUGCCGAGUAGCUUCUUUAGAUGUGAAACACUUGAGACCUUGGAACUCCACAGGGUGGUUCUUUUGGAAGUUCCUUCUCGGUUUAGCUUUCGAUCCCUCAGGACAUUGCGCCUUCGAUCUGUGAAAUACUCAGAUGAGGAACUUUUUUGUAGGAUUAUUUCCUGUUGUCCUGUUCUCGAAGAUUUGGAUGUAGAAAGUUGUAACAAUGAUAAUGUAGCAACUUUCACUGUCAAUGUACCAUCCCUUAGGAGUUUGACAGUUAGGAACUCGUUACUAGAAUGCAGACCUGAUAAUCAUUUGUUUGUGAUACAUUCCCAUUCUUUAAAGCUCCUAAGCAUUUUAGAUUACUGUGGUGAAGUUAGUAUUAUCGGUAAUAUGCCAGAGCUUGUCGAGGCCAAUCUUCAAACUUUGAGCCGCCAUGAGAAUGUUCUGAAAUCUCUUAACUCUAUCAGACGCCUUUCUCUAUGCUUAGAUGUUGAGGCGCAGUAUCCUACUGGUAGCGUUUUCUUUCAACUUGUGCGUUUGGAGCUAUGUAUGUGCAUAGAGAAUUGGUCGAAUAUGUUUGUGUGUGUGCUCCAACAAUCCCCUAAACUACAAAUUCUCAAGCUUGCGGUGAACCAUUGGAUGGCUGUGGAUCGUAAAGGUGGCUGGAUUCAACCGAGUUUUGUUCCCGAAUGUUUGUUGUUGAAUAUCAAAACCUUUGAAUGGAGAGACUAUGAAGGAAGAGAAGAAGAGAAACAAAUGGCUAUGUAUAUUCUGAAGAACGCAAGACGGUUAUUGACCGCAACUAUCGACCUUGACUCGGUCAAAUUGUCGCGCAGACUUAAGGUGAUUGAGGAAUUGGUAUUUGCAAGCAGAGGCUCAAGAGCAUGUAAGCUGACAGUAUGCUGAAGAAAGUUUUCCAGUAAACUAGUUGGAUGUGGAUUUAGAUUAGAAGCUAUUAAGUAUAUAUCCUUGUUAAAAGAUUUGCUUUUUAUCUUUUUGAGUUUUGUCUUGUUAUGAUACAAAGCCUAGAGCUUUGUCAAUGUUUGGUCGGUAUUUACAAAUCUUGUCACCA